AUGAGUUUCAGUCUACUCCUUAUUUCCACAAUCUUCAUUGGAUUCUUGUCCUAUUACGUAUGGAUCUGGUCCUAUUGGAUUCGGAAGGGUGUCAAGGGUCCACGUGGAAUACCAUUUUCAGGGAUCAUGCACCGCUUUCAGGACUAUGAUUACCCGUUCUGGAGAGUGAUGAUGGAUUGGACAAAGGAAUACGGUCCUAUAUAUGGCAUCACGGAAGGUGUCGAGAAGACUCUCGUGGUUUCGGAUCCGGAAUUUGUUCACGAAGUGUUUGUGACACAGUUCGACAACUUUUAUGGAAGAAAACUAAAUCCACUCCAAGGAGAUCCAAAUAAGAACAAACGGGCUCAUUUGGUCUCAACACAGGGUCACAGAUGGAAGCGCCUUCGUACUUUGUCUUCUCCAACUUUUUCGAAUAAAAAUUUGAAAAAAAUCAUGAAGACUGUAGAUGACUCGGUGGCUGAGCUGAUGAGGCAUUUGGAGAAGGGAUGCGCUGGAGGAAAGACUGUGGAUAUGCUGGAAUACUACCAAGAGUUCACCAUUGAUAUCAUUGGAAAAAUUGCAAUGGGUCAAACACAAUCCUUGAUGUUUGAAAAUCCGAUGUUGCCGAAGGUCAAAUAUUUGUCGAUGGACGUAAACACGCUUUCUUUGCAUCUGCGAUGUUCCCAUUUCUCGGAGCCAUGCUUCGUCUCAAUGUUCCCAUCUAUUCAACCCGCCAGUGAUAUAAUGAACAUCAUUGAAAAAGCUGUUAAAGCAAGAAUAGAUCAACGAAAAACAGAUGAAAAGCUGGGAAUCGAAGUUUCUGGUGAGCCUCAAGACUUCAUUGAUUUAUUCCUUGAUGCUCGAGCCGACGUGGAUUUCUUCGAGCAAGAAGCCAAAGACGAUUUCGGAAAAACCCAAAUCACAAAGGUUGACAAACAUUUGACAUUUGAUGAAACAGUAGGACAGCUGUUCGUUUUCUUACUGGCAGGAUAUGACACGACUGCACUAUCAUUGUCAUACUCUUCCUUCCUUCUUGCAACUCAUCCAGAAGUACAACGAAAGUGUCAAGAAGAAGUGGAUAGAGAAUGUUCGGAUCCAGAGGUCACAUUUGAUCAUUUGUCAAAAUUGAAGUACAUGGAUUGGGUGAUCAAGGAAGCCCUACGAUUUUACCCUUUGGCUUCAAUUGUUCACAACAGAAAAUGUAUGAAGGCCACAACGGUUUGCGGGGUGGAAAUAGAGGAGGGCACCAAUGUUCAAGUCGAUACAUGGACAAUGCACAAGGACCCCAACAUUUGGGGGGAUGACGUGAACGAAUUCAAGCCGGAGAGAUGGGAAUCUGGAGACGAGCAGUUCAUCCAAAAAGGCGGCUAUCUACCAUUUGGUAUGGGCCCUCGUAUCUGUAUUGGAAUGCGUUUGGCACUUAUGGAAGAGAAGAUGUUGUUGACCCAGAUUCUCAAAAAAUACACAUUUGAAACCACUUCCGAGACAGUGAUUCCUCUGAAACUGGUCGGCCGGUCCACCACUGCCCCAAGCAGCGUCAAUCUGAAGUUACGACCAAGACAUUCCGAUUAG